CGUCUUGUUGAAGGCUGGAAUAGUACCGAGGUAAAGUGGUAUCCUAUUCCAGUCGGACUUGGCUUCGCUGUCAUUGGUUAUAUCCAAUACCGCCGUGUUCUAGAGAGAGAGACCAGAUUGAACUCUGACAAUGACCGAAAGUAUAUUGCCACUGGUCCUUGGCAGGUUCACGUUGCUGCUGCUCUUCCUUUGCGUACAAUGUCACGUAUCUGGGGUGCAUUCAACUCCUUGACCAUUCCUACUUUCUUGCGUCCUUUUGGAUAUCGUCUUUAUGGAUGGAUCUUUGGAUGUAACUUUGAUGAGAUGAAAGAACCAGACCUUUAUACCUACCCCAAUCUGUCUGCUUUCUUCUACCGCGAACUUAAAGACGGUGUGCGUCCUAUCUCAAACGCUACACUCGUUUCACCUUCAGAUGGAAAGAUCUUACAUUUUGGUGUAGUCGAAGAAGGUCGACAGAUUGAACAGAUUAAGGGCGUCACUUACUCCCUCGAUGCUCUUCUCGGCGAAGCUCACCGCUCUUCUAGUCCCUUGGCACAUGCUGUCAAUGGCCAGAAGCCAACCGUCGUUGAUGAAGAAGAAUUUGCCAACGUUAAUGGUAUCACCUAUAGUCUUGAUGCCUUACUUGGCAGUGACAAUCACGCUGUCAAGGCCCCUAGUUCAGUUGGCCCUGAUGGUCUUGCCAAGGACGAGAAGACAAAUGACAAAGAAGCACGGGAGAUGAUCAAGGCCGCAGACCUUUCACCCGGUCAUUCAGAUGAAGACUAUAAUGCUAUGCACGGACACAACGUCAAGCCUGGAAACUCUCUAUUCUUCUGUGUGGUUUAUCUCGCUCCUGGAGACUACCAUCGCUUCCAUUCACCUGCCAACUGGGUUGUCCAGUCUCGCCGUCACUUCUCUGGUGAACUUUUCUCUGUUUCACCAUACUUUGUUAAUUUGUUGAACAACUUGUUUGUCUUGAAUGAGCGUGUUGUUCUGCUUGGAAAAUGGAAGCAUGGUUUCUUUUCGAUGAUUCCUGUAGGCGCAACCAAUGUUGGAUCAAUCAAGAUCAACUUUGAUGAGGCUCUCAAGACUAACCGUCAAGAAGAUUUGCCUACUGGAACCUAUACCGAAGUUUCCUACAAAUCUGCUAGCAAGAUCUUGGGCGGAAAAGCUGUUCGCUACGGUGACGAAAUGGGUGGCUUCUAUUUGGGAUCCACUGUUGUGUUAGUAUUUGAAGCCCCAAGCAACUUUAAAUUCGACAUUACUGCUGGCCAGAAGAUCAAAAUGGGAGAAGCUUUAGGAGAUAUUCAAGCCGAGGCAUAA